CAGAGGGCGCCACAGGGCUGCUGUGCUGUGUUCAGAGCAGACAGUCUGUGGUCAGAGACACGGUGCUGCUCGGUAUGGAGCAGAUCAUCACAGACCUCACUGUCCAGAUUGAUGUAACUUAUUGCAAAGAUCCCGGAAGAAUAAAGAAGAUUCUUCAACCUUACAAGCCUGAGAAGAAAGCUCACGGCUACAUCGUGAGAGGAACCUUCAAGGAGGUGGACCAACUUAUGGAAAAACUGUCAGAAGUGAUGCGCCCAACCUCUCCCGUCACAAGGGGGCAGAUCAAACCUGUGGAUGUAUCCGGGGUAGUCAUGGCCUACAUUAAGGAAAAAAGUGAUAGAGAGCUUAAGAAAAUUGAAGGGAAUCAUUUUCACAUUGUACCAUUGCACGAUAAAGCCAGCAGCACAGAACAGGUGACCUUCAGAUCACACCAGGGAUCCUCAGAACCUGUUCAUGCAGACUUUGUCCGGCAGAGGUUCAUCACGUUCUACCAGAGGACGGCCUCCGACCUGCAGGUCACAUCUGUCUCUGUGAGUCCGCAGCACCUCAGAGACCUGCAGAGAACAUUUCCACGUCUGCUUUUUGAACCCACAACAACAAGCCCCAGCAGAUCUGAAGUAACAGUGACCGGGCCUUUUCUGCACAUUGCUCAGUUGAAAGAGUUCCUUUCACAAAAAACACCAAGCCCGAGCAAGAGUCCAGGGAACAAAGGUCCGGCAGACACUCCAAGCAGCAGAACCCCAGGUCCUUCAUCUACACUCAGCAAGGACCCUGAAGUAGAAGCAUGUCCAAUCUGUAUGGAAGCGAUAGAAAACACAGAGAAAAAGACUCUGGGCUGCAAACACUCGUUCUGCAGAGACUGUCUGAAGAGAGCUUUUGACUACAAGCCUAUCUGCCCGAUGUGUGGAGCGUUGUACGGCACUUUGACCGGGACACAGCCGGAUGGAGGCAGCAUGGAUGUCACCAAAAGCUCUUCGUCUUUGCCUGGUUACGAGAAAUAUGGAGCAAUAACUAUCAAUUAUUACAUUCCAAGUGGCAUCCAAAAGGAGGAGCACCCCCACCCCGGGCAGCCGUACGAGGGGGCGUCCCGGACGGCCUACCUCCCAGACUCCUCAGAGGGCAGGGGGGUCCUGAAGCUGCUGACGAGGGCCUUCCGUCAGAAACUCAUCUUCACGGUGGGCCGCUCCACCACCAGCGGACGGAACAACAUCGUCACCUGGAACGAUAUUCACCACAAAACAUCCACACAUGGGGGACCAACUCACUAUGGAUACCCAGACCCUGAUUAUCUCAGCCGAGUCCGAGAUGAACUGAAAGUCAAGGGAAUUGAAUGAGACCCAUUAAGGUUCGUCAACAAAUACAUGUGGAGAUCAGACUCCAUAUUAAAAUGACCAAGUAGGAAGGAUUACUGCAGAGAGCAUUACAAACAGAAGGGAUACCUGAUGUCAUUUUAUUGUAAUUACCAAUCAACCAUGGCUUAAACUGUCUUUUAUUACUGACUUUAUUUCUAACGUGUGUUUUGAUUAUUGGAUGUUUCUUUUUAAUUUUGUUUCAAUUAUGUUUGAACUCACAAUAUAAUAUGUAAAUUAUUCUGCUGUAGGUUCUCUGACAUGAUGUGUGCAGUCUCAUUUGAUGAUGGAAGUAGUAGUAGAAGUGAUAAAAUAAUGUGUUGGAUCUGGGGGAUUUAAUUACCACCCAGCCUUCCAGAUGUUUCUGCUACUAACCAGUCACAACAUACUCUGAAUGUCUGCACAAAAGAAAGGCGGAGGGUCAUAUUGAACAAUACUCACCUGUUGGAAGAAGGGACAAGUACAGUAGCAAAGCUUCAGAUUUUAUUGUCAUUAAACACAUUUGGUAAUGUUCAUUA